UGGCUGAGAUAACAGCAGGGGCGGAGUCUGCUUCCAGCACUGCAGUAAUAAAACGCGGCUGCUCCUGACGGUAGUGGAAAACAGAUUUGGAGGAGGUGUCUUGAGUGCAGUCUUCAGCAGGAAUGAACUUUCUCUCAUGCCUUGUGCAUUUCAUACUUUGACAAGUGGACCUUCUGAAGCUGUGGACGUUCUUGGUUCAUCUCCUUUACCGGACUGCUCAACUGCACAACUUUCCUGAUACUUUCUCAAAUCCUGUAAAUUAAACAGAGAUGCUUUCAAAGAUGGUGAACAGUUGUUUUGUCACUCUGGCCAUCCUGUUUCUGUGGCGAGUGGAAGAAAUAGCAGAAGCCUGCAGCUGCUCUCCUGCGCAUCCUCAGCAGGCGUUUUGCUACUCAGACGUCGUUAUCAGGGCAAAGGUGGUUGGAAGCCAGGAGGUUGACGUUGGCAAUGACAUCUACGGCAACUCCAUCAAACAGAUCAAGUAUGACAUCAAGCAGCUCAAGAUGUUCAAAGGUCCUAACCAGGAAUUUGAUGCUGUCUACACUGCGCCCAUUUCUGCAUUGUGUGGAGUGACUCUGGACACCAAUGGCAAGAAGGAGUAUCUUAUCACAGGCACGCUGGCAACUGAUGGGACGAUGCACAUCAAACUGUGUGACUUCAUUGAGCCCUGGGAUGACAUGAGUGCCACCCAGAAGAAGAGCCUGAUCCAGCGCUACGAGAUGGGCUGCGAAUGCAAGAUCACUCACUGCGCCUCCAUCCCGUGCAUGAUCAGCAGCCCAGCAGAGUGCCUGUGGACAGACUGGGUGAUGGAGAAGACAGUCAGUGGAGAGCAGGCCAAACACUAUGCUUGUAUCAAGAGGAGUGAUGACUCUUGUGCCUGGUACAGAGGGGCAGUCCACCCCAAAAAGGAUUUCCUGGAUAUCGAAGACCCUUAACUCCACCACAAUGCAAUGGUCUGAGGAUGACUGCAGUUGAAAUACACCAAGAUAUCAAUACCAAAGAAAAUACAAAUAAAUCCACCAGUAAAAUUGUUAGUUUGUUUUGUUUCUCAUUAAGAAAGCCACAGGGAGUGUUCUUUGUGGUGAAGUUGGACCAAAAAAAACAAAAAACGAAAAAAAAAAAAAUGUUUUUAGUUGCAGGACUCAUUAUGUUUUUAAUCAACAGUCUUAUGAAUUCAGCACUUUCCUAACUUCAAAGCACUUCUUCAUAAACCACUUCUCCUUCAGCUGAAAUAAAGGGCGUCCUCACAAUGCAGUGUUACUGCUAUUAGCAUUUUUGUUCCUGUUUAACCAAAGAUAAUGUUUAAAGUGAAGUAUAAUUUCUAAUAUGAAACACAUACAUACCUAUAACUGAAAGUAUGGCAAUUCUGUGAAUCUGUGUGCUGAUAAAUGGCAACAGCCGGCAAUCAGAGUCCUGAUUGUGACAGCAGAGCUAUCACAACGAGUGAUUGCCGCCUUUUGCCUGUUUUGCUUCAGAUUCUUUCUUGUGCUGAUUAAGCAAAAACUUCUCCCCUCUGUUUUCAAGAAGUGUGGCAAGCCUGUUUGGAGUUAGAGUGUUAUGUUAAUGAUCAUGUUUCAGGUGCCAGCCUGUGCACACAAUCAGCGCUUUUUGCUUUUGUUUGUUGUUUUUUUGUUUUUUUUUCGAAAUAAUCCUGAAUAGACAAGAAUGCACUUUGAACACAACUGUCACAGCAGUCAUAUUGUCUCGAAUGAAAAUGUCUGAAAAAGAGGAUUGAAUCCUCAAUUUUGUAUUUUUUUUAUAUAUUACAGCUCUUCUCUUUGUAAUGCUUUAGUGUAAGAACAUAUUUUAUUUAAGGAUGUUAUAUGAUUCAUCAUAUUCUGUUGAAACAAUGCCCACAUUUUUCUACUUUUGUGACAAAUGACACCAUUGGUAUUUUUUAAAGACGUAAUAUUUUAUCAGAAGUAUAAGAUACAGUUUAUGUGCAUUAAAGGUCAAAUUGUAGGCCUUACUGUUAACUGUCUGACUGGCUCAUCAUUUAGGCCAGUGAAAUAAAGAACAUAUUAUUGUCACUAAUGAUAGAUACAUUUGCAGAGCCAUGGAAAUGAACAUUAAUGUGUCAGGCUAAUGUCAUUUGACUUCAAUAUGAGAGUGUAAAAAGAUUCUUCAUUUGAAACUGUAGUCGAGUACCGUGAUGUCUUGUGCUGGUUUCACAUGAGACUUUUAAGAGAAGGUGAUUUUUUGCAUGCAUGACCAACUGAAACAAUACUGUACAUUUGACUAUUACAUUAAAUGCCAAACCCUA